GUAUAAUUCCCGGCCUUCUGUCGGAUUCCGGUGGCCGAGGAGAGCGAGCCACGGAGUUGUGCGGUGUUGCGAGGCGGUGGUCGAGGUGGCGGAGAAGAGGAAAACGGUGGUGAAGAACGGGAACGACUCGCUCGAGAUAUGCAGGGUGCUCAACGGCAUGUGGCAGACCAGCGGCGGAUGGGCAGAAUCGACCGCGACGACGCCGUCGAGGCGAUGCUUCGCUACGCCGACGCCGGCCUCUCCACCUUCGACAUGGCUGACCACUAUGGACCUGCAGAGGAUCUUUAUGGUAUUUUCAUAAAUAGAGUACGUAGAGAGCGCCCGCCAGAGUACCUUGAAAAUGUUAGGGGCCUUACUAAAUGGGUGCCUCCACCGGUGAAGAUGACUAGUAGCUUUGUUCGGGAGAGCAUUAACGUUUCACGAAAGAGAAUGGAUGUUGCCUCUCUUGACAUGCUUCAGUUUCACUGGUGGGACUAUUCUAAUCUUGGUUACCUCGAUGCUCUUAAACACCUCACGGACUUGAAGGAAGAAGGUAAGAUAAAGACGGUUGCUUUGACCAACUUUGAUACGGUGAGGCUUGAAAAGAUCCUGGAAAACGAGAUCCCCGUUGUGAGCAACCAAGUACAGCAUUCGAUUGUUGACAUGCGUCCUCAACAGAAGAUGGCCGAGCUCUGUCAGCUCACUGGAGUAAAGCUUAUAACGUAUGGCACGGUGAUGGGUGGACUACUAUCGGAGAAGUUCCUCGACACCAAUUUAACGAUCCCUUUCGCCGGCCCUCCACUGAAUACUCCCUCACUGCAGAAAUACAAACGGAUGGUUGAUGCUUGGGGAGGAUGGGGUCUCUUCCAAGGUUUGCUGCAGACCUUGAAAAGAGUGGCGACAAAGCACGGGGUUUCGAUUUCAACGGUGGCCGUGAGAUACAUUCUGGAUCAGGCGGCCGUAGCAGGAUCUAUGGUCGGAGUUAGGCUUGGUCUGGCCGAGCACAUCAAAGAUAACAAUGCUAUCUUCUCACUUGUUCUUGAUGAUGAGGAUGUUAGUAGCAUACUACAAGUCACGCAGAAAGGCAAAGAUCUCAUGAAAAUCAUCGGCGACUGUGGUGAUGAAUAUAGGCGUAUCUAACGCUGCAUAUUUUUGUAGUCAGCUUCAACAAUGAGUGUAAAAUCACUUUGAAAUUUCAACAAUUUGCUUUCAUACAGGAAUAUUUGAAAAUACAAAGAGUAAUAUUUUAACA